UCCCGCGUGGGGAGCGCCGGCCCCGGCCGCCGUGCCACACUCUCUGCGUGGACGCGUGCUUUGCUGAGGCGUGCUCCCGAAACAUAGCUGGUGAAGCGACAGACGUGAAAAGUAGCGACAGUUGCCAGGUUCUACCAGAAGGAGCAGGAAUAGUCAGUAACAGCUUCACGGGCUCGUGCUCCGGGCCGGCCACGGGCACGGGCUCCUGUGUGUGGACGGCCUCGCGGCUGCCGGGAAGGUGAGGGCGUGAGGGUGGGCUGGCAGCCCCUCCAGGCCGGCCCUGGCUGCUGAACGGAUCCCAAGGAAAGCCAGAUGCGCUGUCAGGAUCUAAAGUGGUUUUGGUCAGCACGACCUCCUGUAAAACCGCGAAGCAAGGGAAGUCACUGCACGCAGUUUUGAGGAGACGCACACAUACAGCAGACAGAGCCACGGUCGGGCCUCGCGAGUUCCGUGGGUUUUAUGGUGACCACGCGUCCCAGAUACUAACUCUGGCCACGCCCCCAGGGCCGAUGGGGUCACCUCAGGUACACACGAGCCGCCAGUCCGCACCCUCCACACGGUCCUCCCAGGCCCUCGUGGCUUGGGCUCCCACUUUGCCCGCUGGGCCUCGCGGCGUGGCCCGUGGCUUCCCGCUACCUGUGUGGUCACCCUUCCUCCCCUGGUGUUCGCCCAGCCCCCGCCAGGGCUGUUCCCUCAUGUUCCCUUGUGGGGUUCUGUGUGGAGGCAUUACGGUCCAGUCGGAGCCACUUGGAAUGAGCGUUUGCCGACCGACCGCCUGGGCCCCCGGAGCCUUCCGCCUUCAUCCGCGUCCACGCUUUCUCCUCCCUGCAAACGCAGCCUGUCUGGCCGAAGGCUGGGCUCCUCGGGGUUCAUGACCCGCAGCAGUGGACGGAGGACAGAAAGUGAAGCCGGGCCGUGGCUCCAGGGUGGCUCUCGGCUCUGAUCAGCCUCUUCAGAGGGGACGUCGGAGGAGCUGCCCUGCGUGGCCCAGCGGCUCCCUUCACUUGACCAGUGGCCUGCUGCACCCGUUGCCCACGGGCACGAUUGCAGCCACGUCCUGCUCCCGGGAAAAUGCCGGAAGCCAAGCUGGCGAAGAAUUACGGCAUGACCCGCAUGGACCCGUACUGCCGACUGCGCCUGGGCUAUGCAGUGUACGAGACGCCCACCGCCCACAAUGGCGCCAAGAACCCUCGCUGGAAUAAAGUCAUCCAGUGCACGGUGCCCCCCGGCGUGGACUCCUUCUACCUGGAGAUCUUUGACGAGCGAGCCUUCUCCAUGGACGACCGCAUCGCCUGGACACACGUCACCAUUCCCGAGUCCCUGAAGCAGGGCAAGGUGGAGGACGAGUGGUACAGCCUGAGUGGCCGGCAGGGUGACGACAAGGAGGGCAUGAUCAACCUGGUCAUGUCCUACACGGCGCUGCCGGCUGCCGUGAUGAUGCCGCCUCAGCCUGUGGUCCUGAUGCCCACCGUGUACCAGCAAGGUGUCGGCUACGUGCCCAUCACAGGUGUGCCCGCCGUGUGCGGCCCUGGCGUGGUGCCCGUGGCCCUGCCCCCGGCGGCCGUGAGCACCCAGCCCCGCUGCAGCGAGGAGGAUCUGAAGGCCAUCCAGGACAUGUUCCCCAACAUGGACCGGGAGGUGAUCCGCUCCGUGCUGGAAGCCCAGAGAGGGGACAGGGACGCGGCCAUCAACUCCCUGCUCCAGAUGGGCGAAGAGUCCUAGGGCCCCGGCCGCCACGCUGCCUCUGCCCCUCUCGACCUGCCGGCCCCGCUCCCCUCCCCGUUCCUGUGAAGGAGCCCCGUGUAGCCUUUUCUCAGCCAUCUGUAGCCCCAGUCCUCACCCUCGUUUGGGAUGCAUGCGGGUCGUUGGUCCCCAGCCACUGAGUGCCACCACCGCUUGGGUGCGGGUGUGGGCGGGCCUGUCCCUCGCUUUGUCGGGAGAAGAGUGGGCACGUGGGCCGUGUCCUGUCCACACGCUCUCCCCCCUGCCGCUUAGGGACGUGUGUCUUCAAGUGCCGUGUGCUUCUGCUCCGCACGCUGUCCCGAGAGCGCUCCGUGCAAGCAGCCUGACUCUGCCGGCGCUUUAGAAAGCGUCCCGUGCCCUCCUGGUUUGACGAUGGCAUGCGGUUACUUUACUCAGUCGGGGUAGACCUCGUAUUUCAGGCACACAGAACAUUGACAGCCGAUUGGGAUGGUUUUUACGAGUCAGGCUUCAGAUUCACGUCCGUCCCUUGUUCCUUGUCUGUGGUCCGCGGCCGCUCACCAGCGCCCUGGGCAGGCUGACCUCUGUGUUGCCGGCCAGCAGCAGGUUCAGCGCUGAUGUCCGUCCACCCGCCUGUCCCCACCCGUGGGCUCUGGAGCAGGGCUGCCCUGGGGACCCCGUUAAGCGUUUUCCUGCUGUGUCUCAGGCCGACUUUGUGGGCUGUUUUUCCGAGGGACUGCCCCUCCGCUCCCUGACCAGCUCUUGGAACAGAACGUAAAACCGAGGGUGAAAAGUAGAAGGGGCAGUACUUUGUAUUUGUUUAUUAAAGGGUAUCAGGAACCGUUGGCUUACAACUGACGUUGAUUUAAGUAAACGUGUACCAGUCCGGCGGGUUCAGUUUGGACAAAAUAGCAAACCGAUGAAUGUUUAAGGCUUCCUAGCGGCAAGGGGUGCAAGUGCGGCGCUGUGGACCGCGUGGCGGCCAAGGCUCCCGUUGUGACCACAAGAUGGGACAGGGUGGGGGACACCUUGUGGAAAUCUGCAACGUGGGAGGGGUCUCGGGCACUGCUUAGCCCAGGCGCAUGCGCGCACACUUGCCUCCAGACGGUCCUGUUGCCGUGGGCCCCGCGGCCCCCAACAGCGUGGCCCUGCGAAGGCUCAGCCGGAGGACCGGACUCCGUCCAGCCUUCGCCGCACGCGGGGCCUCCUGUCAGUUGGAGGAUGCUGCCGCCAGCGGCGAGUGCGCGGUGGCCCGGGGUCGGCGCACAGAAGCCUGAAGGAGCGUGUCCGGCUGGCGUGGCGGCCUCACCAGGCGAGGGUUCUCCAUGAAGAUUUGCCUCCACCGAGUCCCGACCACCGGCUAGGACGUGGGAGCCCUGCCUUCUCGCGAAGCAGGAGUUCCCACACCGGACGGUUUGGGCCCGCGUCCUCGCGCAGAUUCCUCCCCAAACGGGCGAAAGCGUUGGGCAGGCCCGCGGCUCUCACUUGGGGGCGACCUUCACGGACACGCAUCCGGGACCCCAGGUCCCCCCGGGCCCCAGUGCCGCCUUCUGCCUUAAAGCUGUGGGGGUGUUUGUGCGUGUCAGGGACGUGCUCCCCUCGGGGACAGGCACCAGGCUAGCUCACAGGGCCUGGGCUGGCAGGAGAGGGACCCUGAACCUGUCGCUUCUGCUCCCCUUUUCUUGCCAACACCGUGUUUGUGGCGUCCCAGAGAGCCUGCACCCGGCCGGCCACGGCUGCCUGUGCUAGGCUGUCCUUUCCUCCUGCGCGCCCCGCUGUCCUGCGUGUGGGCUCGUGCCUGUGGUGGCCCGCUCCUCCUGGGGGACGGCACGGUUCCUCCGGAGCGGCCGCGGCGUGGCCGCCACGGACUCCCACGAGCCAGGGCGGCUACCGGGGCCCGGGGCCCCGGGGCCUCCGCCCUCCGCGAGCUGGUCGGUGGCGUUUCCUCUGGUGGCAGCCCCGGCGCUGUCAGGGCGGUGGGGACGCGGUGUGCGCGGUGUCUGUGCACUUGGGUUCUUCCCGCGGCUCCUUCGGCGAACAGACCCCCUCCAGCGGCACGUGUGCGGCGUGCUGGCGGGAACGAUCCUCAGAGCUUUCUCGAGUGUCUGUUGGGGUGCAGAGUCCAGAUCUAUCUUUGUAAAAUAUAUUUUUGCUUAUCAGCCUUCUAAUUUAAUAAACGAUAUCUAUAAAAAUAGAGAAUUAAACUCCUCCGAUGAAACUUGA